UGCAGUGCUCUGCCCAUGGUGGGACCCCCUGGAAUCUCCAAUACCAACAGCAGCCCUGGUGGACCCUGAGCAGAGACCAGUUGGAUCUCAGAACUCUGCCUUCCAAUAGCCUGAAACACCAAAACCCCAUGCGGGGCAUGUGUCGCUGGUCUGCUGCGCUCAAUCUUGUGACUUGUGGGACUCAGAAGGUCAUCUUGGUGGUGGGGUCAUUGUUCCAUGGGGGCCUUUGAUCUAAAUCAUUUCCUUCAUGUCUGGAUUGGAGGGUGGUAUGCCCCUCCUCUCAUGAACUCUGCUCUGGGAAAAUAAAAGGGCAGACAGAGGACAGCAGGCAGAGUAGAGAGCAGCAGAGACCGCCAAGAUGCUGAAGCCGCUGCUGCUGGUGCUGUCCCUCCUGGCCAGCCUGUUGCGUGCCGCCCCUCGCCCAGCUGAGCAGCGAGUAGGCAUUGUGGGAGGACAGGAGGCAUCUAGGAGCAAGUGGCCCUGGCAAGUGAGCCUGAGAUUAAAGUCCAGCUACUGGAUACAUAUCUGCGGAGGCUCCCUCAUCCACCCACAGUGGGUGCUCACUGCGGCACACUGUGUGGGACCGGACAUCCAAAGCCCAGAGCUCCUCCGGGUGCAGCUUCGUGAGCAGCAUUUAUACUACGAGGACCAACUCCUGCCUGUGAACCGGAUCAUUGUGCACCCCAACUACUACUUGGUUCAGACUGGGGCAGAUAUUGCUCUGUUGGAGCUCAAGGACGCUGUGAAUGUCUCCACCCAUGUCCACCCCAUAUCCCUGCCUUCUGCCGCGGAGACCUUCCCUUCAGGGACAUCAUGCUGGGUGACAGGCUGGGGUGACAUUAAUAAUGCUGUGCCCCUCCCGCCGCCCUAUCCCCUGAAGGAAGUGAAGGUGCCCAUUGUGGAAAACAGCCUCUGUGAUCAGAAGUACCAUACUGGCCUCUACACAGGGGACAACAUUCGCAUUGUCCUUGAUGACAUGCUGUGUGCUGGAAGUCCUGGGAGUGGCAUCUGCCAGGGUGACCUAGGGGGGCCGCUGGUCUGCCAAGUCAAGGAUGCCUGGCUGCAAGCAGGUGUGGCCAGCUGGGGUCUGGGCUGUGCACAGCCCAACCAUCCUGGCAUCUUCACCCGGGUGACGUACUACUUGGGAUGGAUCCACCACUACGUCCCUGAGAACUCCUGAGCUGCUUCCAGGUCAGAGGAGAACCAGGCCCUAUUGUCUUGAACUGGAUGCUUCCUGCCCAGGUGGAACCUCCACCUUCCUGUCCUUCUGCCUCCCCUGUCCCUCUGAGCCCCUGGCCACCCC